GCGGACGCUCAGUACACUCGCAACCGGGGCCGCACGCACGCGUCGCCACAUCUAACAAAUAAACCGAUAAAAUAUUAAUUUAUCAUCAAAACUGUGAAUAAGUGUCCAACGGAUUUUUUACUGGUAGUCGAUAGAACGUGACUUUUUAAAAAGUUUCGUUUUCGCGGGAGUGAAUUUUUGACGCGUUCACGUGGAUGCAACGCGGAUUCGAAAUUUGAAUUCGUCAAGGUCCUUUCAAGUUAUUGGCGCGUUUUGUGUCGGCGCACUUUCGUUCAGUUAGUGCAUUACAGAUCCAAGAUGGUGGUGCGAGUAGCAACGGACGAGCGUCCGCUCGAGACGCCCUCUUCGGACGAAAGCGGCCUGGGCCGCGACUCGCCCAGCGAAGAGUCCGAGCCAGAGGCAGCAUUGGUGGUCCCACCCGACGGUGGCUGGGGCUGGGUCAUCGUGUUUGCCUCCUUCAUGUGCAACGUCGUCGUGGACGGCAUCAUAUUCUGCGGCGGCAUGCUCAACGAUCCCAUCAAGAAAGAAUUUAACGCUAGUGAUGGUCAAGUGGCGCCUGUGCAGUCUCUGUUGGCCGGCUUCUAUCUUCUGGCGGGGCCUUUCGUUUCGGCCUUAGCAAACAAGUAUGGCUUCCGAGUGGUGACCAUCGUAGGCAGCGUGAUUAGUACCGUUGCAUUCGGACUCUCCUACUUCGCGACCAGCGUCGAGUACCUCUACCUAGUUUACGGCAUCAUUGGAGGGAUCGGUUUCUGCAUGAUCUACAUGCCAGCAGUGUUAACAGUCGGAUUCUACUUCGAGCGCUGGCGCGCCCUCGCCACAGGCAUUGCGCUCUGCGGAUCUGGCGUCGGCACUUUUGCGUUUGCGCCGCUUGGUGAAUACCUUCUCAAGACCUAUGGAUGGAGGGUCACUGUUGUUAUGUAUGGAGGAUUAAUUCUCCUAUGCAUCAUCUUUGGUGCACUGUUCAGACCCAUAAAACCGGUACGAGUGGCGCUGGCUGAUCAAACCGGCGAUGAUGACGUCGCUCGUCGGCACGAGGAAGCCGUCGAAAAACUCAACUCCAUGCUCAAAUUGCAUAGCAAGCUGGACUCCGGGAUCUCCAUGCCAGCCGAAAUGAGAUUCAGUAACAAAGUUAGUCCACACACGUGGGUCGGAGUUGCGAAUAAUACCCGAUACCCGACCGCCGAGGAAGUCUUCCGGGGCAGCAAUUCUCAUCUAAGCCGACGGUCAUCAGCAACUGCAGGAACGAUCAAGAAUACUCUUGGAAACAGACCGAUGUUCAUCACGGGCCCGGUCGCCGAGAAAGAUGAAGACGAUUCCAACAGCAAUAUUGACAACACUGAGCCACUCAUCAGCGCUCCUAUCAAAGUUAUACAAAAAGAGGUCAGGCCUCGCCAUUCACACGCCGAUCUAAUCGCUAGGCCACUAUACAGAGACGACAUUUUCUUUAGCGGCAGUUUGGUCAGACUACCCCAAUAUACGUCUCGGAAUUCUUUGGGUUACCAUAUGGCAGUUACUCACGUGCCAACUAAGGAAGAUACUCAAGAAGAAGAGUCGGGAAAAUGCCGUCUGUGCCCAGAGGCAGUGAAGAGAACCCUCGCUACCAUGUUGGACGUAAGCUUAUUCCGAUCACCGACGUUCGUGAUUCUCGCCGUGUCAGGUUUCUUCACGAUGCUGGGAUUCUUUGUUCCAUACAUGUAUGUCAAACAGAGAGCGAUGGAUAAAGGUGGCAUUGACGCAACAACUAGCACCUUGUUGGUGUCGACGAUCGGUGUGGCUAACAUCGUGGGCCGUAUGGCAUGUGGUGUGGUGUCAUCGAUGCCCAAAGUAUCUCCGCUGUGGCUGAACAACAUUGCGCUGACGGCUGGUGGAAUAGCGACCAUGUUCAGUGGAUACUGCUUCCAUGCAGGCUACCAGUUUGCAUACUGCGCAUUGUUUGGACUUGCUGUUGCUUGUUUCGCGUCACUGCGGUCAAUCCUGGUGGUAGAAUAUAUCGGGCUGGAGCAGCUCACCAACUGCUUCGGGCUCUUCCUGCUCUUCCAAGGUUUCGGCGCGUUAUUAGGCUCUCCAAUUGCGGGAGCUAUAAAGGACAUGACGGGAGACUUCGUGGUCCCAUUCUACGUGGCUGGAGGGUUCCUGCUGUUCUCUGCCCUAAUGUGCUACCCCAUCGACUACAUCAGCCGGUGGGAGAAGUCGCGCUCCAAGCUCGCUACGCCAUCCCCCAAAGUCUGAUCCCUUCCAGACCAUACGGGACCAU